UGGGGGUGGGGAAGGGCGGUCUGAAGACCUGACAAAGCCAAGUCCCGGUCUCUCCAUUCCUGGCGGCUCUCAGAAAGUCCAGGCUAGUCUGACACUGAGCCUGUCCUUUCAGACCACAGAAUCAUGCCCAUGACACUGGGUUACUGGGACAUCCGCGGGCUGGCUCAUGCCAUCCGCCUGCUCCUGGAGUACACAGACUCAAGCUAUGAGGAGAAGAGAUACACUAUGGGCGACGCUCCUGACUAUGACCAAAGCCAAUGGCUGAACGAGAAGUUCAAGCUGGGCCUGGACUUUCCCAAUCUGCCCUACUUAAUUGAUGGGUCACACAAGAUCACCCAGAGCAAUGCCAUUCUUCGUUACCUUGGCCGAAAGCACAACCUGUGUGGGGAGACGGAAGAGGAGAGAAUUCGUGUGGAUAUUUUGGAGAAUCAACUUAUGGACAACCGCAUGGUGCUGGCCAGGCUUCGCUAUAACCCUGACUUUGAGAAGCUGAAGCCAGGGUACCUGGAGCAACUCCCGGGAAUGAUGAGGCUCUACUCCGAGUUCCUGGGCAAGCGGCCGUGGUUUGCAGGGGACAAGAUCACCUUUGUGGAUUUCAUCGCUUAUGAUGUUCUUGAGAGGAAUCAAGUAUUUGAACCCAAGUGCCUGGAAGAGUUCCCAAACCUGAAGGACUUCAUAUCACGCUUUGAGGGCCUGAAGAAGAUCUCUGACUACAUGAAGACCAGCCGCUUCCUCCCGAGACCUGUGUUCACAAAGAUGGCCACUUGGGGCAACAAGUAGGGCCUUGGCAGGGUAGGAUGUAUGAUUAAGAUGCCAGGUUCCCUUGGUUUGCAGGGAGCCUUGAGGAGCAGCCAGGACCACUGCAGCCCAGAGCCACCUUUUCCUUCUCCUUUCUUUCCAUCCCGUUCCAGACCCCAAGCCUCACCAGCUCCCUCUUUUUGCUCAUCCAAUCCUCCAUGCAGAGGCUCUUUAAAGUCCCAGCAACUCCUUUCCAUACCCUUCUAAAGCUAAAGUGCCUCUUACAGGCUCUCAUGUCUGGAUACUUGGUUCCUAAAUGAUGGCUAUUUUGAACAAUUAUGGGCUCUCUGGCAGGUGGGGGUCUAUCUGGAGGCAGGAGGUUUCUAGGAGCAUAGACUUUGAUCAUUGUAGUCAAGGACUUCUUUUGCUUACUCUCUGUUUCCUGAUACAAGAAGAUAUAAGCAAAGAUGUGCUGUAAAGGAGCAUCAUCCCUGCAUCUGUGACUCGCCUCUCCUGCUUGCCUUCCCUGCUACUUUGAACUGUAUCUCCUGAACCAGAAUAAAUCAUUCUCCCCUUA